GGGCGCGGCUGCCAGAUGUUGGGGCGGUGGCGGCGGCGGGAGCUACGGAGAGCGAGGAGCCGCGGCGCCAGUCAGAGGGCCAGGGUGCCGCUGGCCGGCCCGCUGGGCCCGUUCCGCGCCGGUCCCGCUGGAGUUCGAAGAGGAACUGGCAGGCCUGGCGGGGGCUCCGGCACGGGCAUGCAUAGCGCUCGGCUUGACAGCUUCCUGAGCCAGCUCCGCUGGGAACUGCUGUGUGGCCGGGACACUGGCUCACCCCCCAUGUCUGGCCCCCUUCCACCAUCCCCCAAACCUGGCCCAGGUGUUUGGCUUAGCCAUGGACUCAGGGCCUCAGAUGCCUUGGAAGAGGACUCAGUCGGCUGUGUGGAAGAGGAAGAAGGUAUGGUGACAGGAGACAAGGGUAUUGCCUUGGGGAGCCCAAGGGAGCAUGUCCUGGACUGGGACUCUGGCUUCUCUGAGGUGUCGGGCAGCACAUGGAGAGAGGAUGAGCUGCCUGUACUCCAGCACCCAACACCCCCAGCAUGGCCCCCCCAUAGACAGCGCCUCUCGGCCAGUGGCAUUCCCCUGCCUAGCAGGGCCCCUGUGGCCGGUGCACCACCUGCCCGUCGACCACGGCCCAAGUCUACACCAGACGCUUGCCUGGAGCACUGGCGGGGCUUGGAAGCUGAAGACUGGACUGCAGCCCUGCUGAACAGAGGUCGCAGUCGCCAGCCCCUAGUGCUGGGCGACAACUGCUUUGCUGACUUGGUGCACAACUGGAUGGAGCUACCAGAGGCAGCAGGUGAGGGGGAUGAUAGUGGUGGUCCCCGUGCCCGUGCUCGGCCCCCUCAGUUCCUGCUUGGGCUCUCUGAGCAGCUGCGGCGCCAGCUGGCCAGGGCACGCAGGGCUGCUAUGGCAGGAAAGCGACUGUCAUGCCCACCUCGCCCGGAACCUGAACUGCCUGCAGAUGUCUCACGAUUUGCAGCCCUCAUGAGCUGCCGAAGCCGUCAACCCAUCAUCUGCAAUGAUGUCAGCUACCUCUGACCCUGCCCUCCAGCCUGGGACAAUAAAGGCCUUUCUCUGGUCUA